UGGCCUUUCCCUCAACUACGGAGGAUAUCCCUAGAUCAGGAAGGACUCGGAGGGGAAGAAAAUCAGAACAAAACAGAAACUGGCCCGAGAUACCGAAAGGACACAGUUUAUAACAGCCUGGCUCGGCGUUCUUGACCGCUUCCUCACUGUCAUUCAUCUCUGGUACAUUCCCUCACCAUUUCCGAACAGAUGGACCUGGCCCCUGGCCCUAGAGGUGACCUUGGGUAACCGUACAGCCGGUUCCAGAUCUUGUCUUCGUCUGUAGAACAGGUCUGGCGCGCUCCCUCUCUGUCACCAUCCUCUAGCGCCGCCGGCCGGGACUAAGCUGCGAGUCGGUCCGCUGUGCGGGCUUCUCUCUGGUUCUUCCUGCCUGUAGGGCUUGGCAAAGUGACUCACUGGUGGUCCCUGACCCUCUGGAAGCCUUCCCGGGACCUGGACAUCCAGUCUCUGACAGUCCUGCAAUAGUGAGAACAUGGCAGCUACAGGAACUGAAGCAAAGGACCUCGAAAACCAUCACAAUGACUGCUUCGUUCAACUUUCAAAUCCAAACAUAGCAACAAUGAAGGAAGAUGUUCUCUACCAUUUCAACCUCAGCACUAGCACACACGAUUUCCCCGCUAUGUUUGGAGAUGUGAAGUUUGUGUGUGUCGGUGGCAGCCCUUCCCGGAUGAGUACCUUCAUCAGGUACGUGGCUGCAGAGCUGGGACUUGACCAUCCAGGGAAAGAGUAUCCCAACAUCUGUGCGGGCACUGACCGCUACGCCAUGUACAAAGCUGGACCCGUGCUGUCUGUGAGUCACGGCAUGGGCAUUCCUUCCAUUGGGAUCAUGCUGCACGAGCUCAUCAAGAUGCUGUACCAUGCCAGGUGCUCCAAUAUCACCAUCAUCCGCAUCGGCACAUCCGGCGGGAUAGGUCUGGAGCCCGGUUCUGUAGUCAUCACCCAGCAGGCAGUGGAUGAGUGCUUCAAGCCAGAGUUUGAGCAGAUUGUCCUAGGAAAGCGCGUGAUUCGCAGCACCAACCUGGACACAGAGCUGGUGCAGGAGUUGCUGAAGUGCGCCCUAGACCUGAAUGAAUUCCCCACUGUUGUGGGGAACACCAUGUGUACCUUGGACUUCUAUGAGGGGCAAGGCCGUCUGGAUGGUGCCCUCUGCUCCUACACAGAGAAGGACAAACAGGCCUAUCUGCAUGCAGCCCAUGCCGCAGGCGUCCGAAAUAUCGAGAUGGAAUCUUCACUGUUUGCCACCAUGUGCAGUGCCUGUGGCCUUAGAGCGGCUGUGGUGUGUGUCACUCUCCUGGACAGACUGCAAGGGGACCAGAUCAACACUCCCCAUGAUGUGCUGGUUGAAUAUCAGCAGAGGCCUCAGCGGCUGGUGGGCCACUUCAUCAAGAAGAGCCUGGGGAAGGCCUGAGCCCUGCGCAUUUUGACUUAGGACAAGCCUGGAACUCCCUGUCAAUAAAUCUAUUUUUCAUAUC